AUGAUCACCUCCUUCGUCCUCCUCGGCCUCGCAGCUCGCGCCCUCUCAGAAUGCACCCGCGAAGUCCUAAUCACCGCCUCAAACGCCUACAUCUCCGCCCAAUCCUCCGGCAGUCUCACAACCUUCAACACCCUCUCCGCAAACCUCACCUACCUCGAAAACAACAUCACCGUCACGCCCUCCACCUCCCUCCUCGCCACCCCCAUAAAAAUAGACUUCAACCGCACAAUCCAUGACACCGUCCUCUGUAGAACCUACAUCGAGCUCACCGCCGCCACAAACCCGCAUCCCUACGUGAUCUCCACGGCCUUGUACCUCACCGACGACAAGAUCACCUACGUCGACUCCGUCGUCGCCGACGCCGGCGACUGGGCCUUCAACGCCACCGGCCACCUCACCUACACGAAAUCCGAGUCCUGGCCAUCCAUCCCGCCAUCCGCCCAACUCCCGCGCGCGCAAAUCCAAGCAGCCGCAGACGCCUACCUCGACUCCUGGGGCAACGGCUCGGUCCCCGUACCCUACGGCACGCCCUGCGCGCGGCUCGAAGGCGGCUCCUACACGGACACCAAGAACAGCGGCAAAAACACGUGCAAGAUGCCUGAGUUCCCGAAGCCGUUCUACGCUGGGAACCGCCGGUACAUAGUGGAUGUGGAGAUGGGGGCUGUGGCUGUGUUUAACGAUUUCCCGUUUAUUGAGAAGACGAAGCCCGCGGGGACGCCGAGCGUGAAUUUUGUGAGGGUGGAGGGCGGGAGUGUGGGGGGCAUUAGGUAUGUGCAUGAGAAUACGGUUUGUGCGACGAGGAAUUGUGGGAGGUAG